GAUCGUGUGUUGUAAUAGAGAGAGAGAGAGGGAGAGAGAGAGAAAGAGAAGCUUGCUUGUUCCUGAAGCCGAAGCCUUGUUCUUAUUCGUCUCCAAGAUUCGGUUUUAGCCAGAAACAAACCAUGGUCGGAAGAAGAGUGUCACCAGCAGCUCCAACUAUUAAUGAUGCGCAGUCAUACCUCGCUGCUGUCAAGGAAACAUUCCAUGAUGAACCAUCAAAAUAUGCUGAGUUUCUCAAGCUCCUGAAUGGUAUCCGCAAUCAGAAGGUCGAUAAAGAUGUUAUGGUUGCAAGGGUUGAGGAACUCAUGGAAGACCAUGAUGAUCUGCUUCAUGGUUUCAAUGUCUUCCUUCCUGAUGAGGCUAAGAGGAUCAAGAAUCCUCAUACCAACAAGAUACAUGCUGAUGCAGAGGAGUUUAUGAACAAGCUUAAGACAAGGUUUAAGACCCUUGAUACUGAAGUAGUCGGGUCGUUUCGCCAGAUAAUGGAGAUGUUUAAAGAGGGAAAGUUGUCUGUAAAGCAGGCGCAGGAGGAGGUCAUUGAUGUUCUCUAUUAUCAUGAAGAUUUGAUCGAGGACUUCCUCACAAUUUUCGAAAAGAAGAAGGAUCGUGUAGCAUUAGCGUUACUACAGCUAUAACCGAGAUUAUAAUAUGUAUUCUGUAAACUUGAAUGGGAGUGUAUAGUCUCCUCUACAGAGAUUUUAGAUUUUAGUUCGAUGCUUCUUACAUGCACAUGUGUGUUGUUAUUCAAAUCUUUGUUUUUGAAUUUUGAUCGUGUUGAUUGUAUUGGAAAAAACCUAUCGUAACCUUAUUUUGGUUAUUGUGAAUUUAAUUGAACUGAAACUUCUUUUUCCAA